AUGAAGGUGCUCCCUGCAUCUGGCCUUGCUCUCCUCCUCAUCACGGCUUUGAACUUUUCCACUGCAGCCCCCUCCCUAUUUGCAGCCACCCCCAGGACCUCGAAGAACAACUACCGCCUCGCACAGGCGUAUCUCGACAAGUAUUACACAAGGAAAGGAGGGCACCAGGUUGGUGAGAUGGUUGCACGAGGAAGCAACUCCCUAGUGAAGAAGAUUAAGGAGCUGCAAGCAUUCUUUGGCCUCCAAGUCACGGGGAAGUUGGACCGUUCCACGAUGGAUGUGAUCAAGAGGCCUCGCUGUGGAGUUCCUGAUAUGGCGAACUACCGCCUCUUCCCAGGCGAACCCAAGUGGAAAAAAAAUACCUUGACAUACAGAAUAGCCAAAUACACAUCUUCCAUGACUUCUGCGGACGUGGACAAGGCAGUGGAGAUGGCCUUACAGGCCUGGAGUAGUGCUGUUCCUCUGAACUUUGUGAGAAUAAAUUCAGGAGAAGCAGAUAUUAUGAUAUCUUUUGAAACAGGAGAUCAUGGGGAUUCCUACCCAUUCGAUGGGCCUCGAGGGACUCUAGCCCAUGCAUUUGCACCUGGAGAAGGCCUGGGAGGAGAUACACAUUUCGACAAUGCUGAGAAGUGGACUAUGGGAACGAAUGGUUUCAAUUUGUUCACGGUUGCUGCGCACGAAUUUGGCCACGCACUGGGCCUGGCCCACUCCACAGACCCCUCGGCACUGAUGUACCCAACUUAUAAGUACCAGCAUCCCUAUGGAUUUCACCUCCCCAAGGAUGACGUGAGGGGGAUCCAGGCAUUGUACGGACCUCGGAAAACAUUCCCAGGAAAGCCCACUGUGCCAAAUGUCCCCCCUCAUAAUCCGUCGAUCCCUGACGUCUGUGACACCACCUCAUCCUUUGACGCAGUGACAAUGCUGGGCAAGGAGCUCCUACUCUUCAAGGACCGGAUUUUCUGGCGUCGGCAGGUUCACCUGAUGGCAGGGAUCCGGCCCAGCACCAUCACCAGCUCCUUUCCCCAGCUUAUGUCCAAUGUGGAUGCAGCUUACGAAGUGGCUGAGAGGGGCACUGCUUACUUCUUUAAAGGCCCUCACUACUGGAUAACAAGAGGAUUCCAAAUGCAGGGUCCUCCUCGGACUAUUUAUGACUUUGGGUUUCCAAGGUAUGUGCAGCGAAUAGAUGCUGCCGUCUAUCUCAAGGAUGCACAGAAGACCCUUUUUUUUGUGGGAGAUGAAUACUACAGCUAUGAUGAACGAAAAAUGAAAAUGGAAAAAGACUAUCCAAAAAAUACAGAAGAGGAAUUUUCAGGAGUAAAUGGACAAAUAGAUGCUGCUGUGGAAUUAAAUGGCUACAUUUACUUCUUUUCAGGACCAAAAACAUACAAGUAUGAUAUAGAGAAGGAAGAUGUGGUUAGUGUGCUGAAAUCUGGUUCCUGGAUUGGUUGCUAA